GGAAGUUCCCAUUUACUAUUUCGGAUCCAUCUUCCUGAUUCCGUAACCCGGAGGAAGCUGAAGAGCCCGGGACGCGAUAGGAGAGGCUGCCAGGCCCGGGGAUUAUCCUGGGGAUAUGGGGGAUCCGGGAGAAACGGACGCGCUUGUAGAAGUAACUAUAACAAGCCAUGGUGACAAAGUUGGGAUGGAAGACUUUGAACUACUUAAAGUUUUAGGAACAGGAGCAUACGGAAAGGUUUUCCUAGUGCGUAAGGUGACAGGCCCAGAUGCCCAGCGCCUUUAUGCUAUGAAGGUUUUGCGCAAAUCUGCGCUGGUGCUUAAAGAAAAGACUGCAGAGCACACGCGGACGGAACGAACGGUGCUGGAACAUGUGAGGGCAAGUCCAUUCCUUGUGACCCUUCACUACGCCUUCCAGACGGAUUCUAAACUCCACCUUAUAUUAGAUUAUGUCAGUGGUGGGGAGCUGUUCACACAUCUCUAUCAGCGAGAUAAUUUCUCUGAAGAUGCUGUUCGGUUUUAUUCUGGAGAAGUGAUUCUUGCUUUAGAACAUCUGCACAAGCUUGGCAUUGUGUACCGUGACAUAAAGCUGGAGAACAUAUUAUUGGAUAGCGACGGUCAUGUGGUGCUCACAGACUUCGGCCUGAGCAAAGAGUUUGUGUCUGAAGAGUUGGAGCGCACAUAUUCCUUCUGUGGAACCACAGAGUAUAUGGCCCCCGAGAUCAUACGAGGGCAGGGAGGUCAUGGCAAGUCUGUGGACUGGUGGAGUCUAGGAAUCUUAAUUUAUGAGCUUCUUACCGGCGCCUCCCCAUUCACCCUGGAGGGAGAAAAGAAUUCUCAGAGCGAAGUGUCCAGGAGGAUACUGAAGAUGGAUCCCACAAUUCCGUCUAGUUUGAGUUUGGAAGCUCAAGAUCUUCUUAAAAGACUCCUUCGCAAGGAUCCCAAAAGACGUCUGGGAGGAGAAGGCGCCUCCCAGAUAAAAGACCAUCCAUUCUACAGGACUAUAGACUGGGAAGCAUUGACCCUUCGCAAGGUUUCUCCACCGUUCCGACCAUCAAUACACAGUGAAACAGAUGUCAGUAACUUUUCAGAUGAAUUCACCAGUAUGGAUCCUGUGUACUCGCCAGCUGCCACCCCCCCUUCCGGAGCGCGUGUAUUUCAGGGAUACUCCUUUGUGGCUCCGUCGGUGCUUUUUGGAAUGAACGCUGUUAUGACAGAUAUGGCUAUUGCUUCAGCAGGGAAACCUGGGAGUCCCACGCUGGCGCUUAGUGCAGCUCUAAAGGAUUCACCGUUCUUUGACCUAUAUGAGAUGGACCUACAGGAAGCAGCUUUAGGGUGCGGUAGUUUCUCUAUAUGUAGGAAGUGUCAGCACCGUCAAACCAGGAAAGAGUACGCUGUGAAAAUCAUAAGCAAAAGGAUGGAGGUGAAUACCCAGCGGGAAGUUGCUGCCUUGAAGCUUUGUCAGGGGCAUCCAAACAUUGUGAAUCUACACGAGGUUUUACAUGACCAGUACCACUCGUAUCUUGUCAUGGAACUGCUGAGCGGGGGAGAGUUGCUGGAACGUAUAAAGAAACAGUCGCGUUUCAGUGAGGUGGAGGCGAGCAGUCUCAUGCGCAGUCUGGUGGGCGCUGUCAGCCGUAUGCAUGAGGCCGGUGUGGUACACAGAGACCUGAAACCUGAGAAUCUUCUCCUGUCAUCUCCUGACGAUGACGCAGUCUUAAAAGUUAUUGACUUUGGGUUUGCCAGAUUGCGUCCCCCGGGGUCCCGGCCGCUGCACACUCCAUGUUUUACUCUGCACUACGCAGCGCCAGAGUUACUCUCUCAUCAGGGUUACGAUGAAUCAUGUGACCUGUGGAGCCUCGGUGUCAUUCUAUACACCAUGCUCUCAGGCCAGGUUCCUUUCUAUGGCGCCAGAGGAGGGUCGCCUGAGAGUCGGGCUGCAGACAUCAUCAGCAAGAUUAAAGAAGGGAAUUUCAGUAUGGAAGGCAAAUGCUGGGAGCAUGUGAGCGAGGAAGCCAAGGAGCUUGUAAGAGGUUUGCUGACUGUUGAUCCGUCCUGCCGGCUGAGUCUAAGUGAACUCCAGGAGAGUGAGUGGCUUCAAGGAGGCCGUCCUCUUUCCUCAACACCCCUCAUGACUCCUGAUGUUCUUGAGUCCAGCGGUUUAGCGACAAAGACUUGUGUACAUGCAACAUUCAUGGCCUUUAACCGCGGAAAGCGUGAGGGCGUAUUUCUGAAAAGUGUGGAAAACGCCCCCCUUGCUAAAAGACGCAAAUUAAAGCAGAGGAUAACAGGGGACGAUGCAUAUAGCGGCUCCUCGUCAUCUUCCUCCUCCUCUUCCUUGGUUGCACCGACGGCUCGACCCCCCAAAUCCAAGCCUGUUCCCCAAAAUCACCAAGGUGAAAAGUUCUAACCUCCAGUUGGCUCACACUACAAUAAAUCCAGUCAUACUGUACCAAGUCCUUGCAAACAACGCAAGAUUUACAAAUGCAAUUGUUCUUAUGUAGAGACUCUAAUAUGAAUGUGUUUACAUACAUCAUGUGUGUGCGCACGUGUAUUCAGUGUUAGCAGGAAGAAGGAUCCUUGUAUGUUGACCUAUUUUACUAUUGAACAUUUUCACGCACAUAUUUAUAGACUAACAUUUAAAUAUUUGUAUAUAUAAGAGCCAUAAAACGCGUACAUUUCUUAAUGAGAAUGAAGCAACAUUGCAAUAUACAAUAUUUAUUUUGCUGUAAAAAUUGUGUUUGUCACACACCCUAGAGAGGCCGAAAAUCAAACAAUGUAACCAAAAUAUGCUGCAAAUUGCCUGGAUAAAUCUGGCCAAUCACAGCAAACUAUAAAUAGGUUUAUGCACUGCCGUAAGCAUUCGCUAUUUGGUAUAUGAAGGCUGGGCCAGGCAGUUUUUAGCAUAUUUAGCUACAGAAUCUGAGCGCCAGCCUCUCUGAGUGUGGCACAAAUGUUUUACAGCAAAAAUAAGCAAUGUGAGCUAUGUUAGUAGAUAUUUCAGAGAGGAAUAUUUUUAUAAAGUUAAUUUUGUAUAAAGAUUGCUGUAAAACCGUAUGUGAAAACCAUUUGCAAAUCACAAUACAAGUUUGCUGCGCAAGAGAAGAAUGUAUAUAUUGGGCGUCAAUCUGCAGUUCACAAAGACGGCAAACAACCCUUGAUAAAGUUUUUUUUUAUUAUUUUUUUAUUUUUUGCUUAAAGUGACAUAAAAUCAUUUUUUUCUUUCAAGAUUAAGAUAGAGUGUUGCAUUUAAAAAUGUAAAAAUAUUUCAAUUUAUUUCUAUUAUCAAAUGUAGUUUGUCAUCUUCAUAUCUUUUGUCAAAAUGCAUGUAGGUAGGCUCAGGAGCGUGUUUGUUUUUGGAGCAUUAUAUAGCAACAAUAAUGCUUUUCAUAUUGUUAUACGUAGGUUGAAUGCAGUUUUUCCUGCGAUAUAGUGCUUUGGAAACUUUUCCUUUAAAUGGUGUCUUCUAUCUGAAUCAUGAAAGAAAAAAAAAUUGCCUUUCAUUUACCUUUAAGAUAAUCAUUUUACCCAGAUACCUGUAACAUACCUAGGACAUACGUUACUCUUUGACCUCUUGAGAGCCACAAUAUUGAAUGAAUACUUAGUAUUGUAGGUGGAUCCUGACCAGUAUGUAUGUGUGUGUAUAUAUAUAUAUAUAUAUAUAUAUAUAUAUAUAUAUAUAUAUAUACACACACAGAUGAUAAAAUAUCAGUAUAGUUUAUUAGUUGGGGGAAAAAAGUUAAAGGGACAGUCUACUUGAAAAUGUUUAUUGUUUAAAAAGAUAGAUAAUCCGUUUGUUACCCAUUCCCCAGUUCUGCAUAACCAGCACUGUUAUAUUAAUACACUUUUUAAUUCUGUGAUUACCUUGUAUCUAAGCCUCUGCAGACUGCCCCCUUAUUUCAGUGCUUUUAACAAUCUUGCAUUUUAGCCAAUCAGUGCUGGUUCUUGUAUAACCAUUAGCAUUCUUCACGGGAGUGAGCACAAUGUUAUCUAUAUGACACACAUGAACUAGCACUGUCUGGCUGUUGUGCACGAUUUAAAAAGCUUAUAAAAAGCACUGAGAUAAGGGGUGGCCUGCAGUGGCUUAGAAAUAGGAAAACUUAAAGGUUAUAAAGUAUAUUAAUAUAACAAUGUUGGUUAUGCAAAGCUGGGAAAUGGGUAGUAAAGGCAUUAUCUAUCUUUUUAAACAAUAAAAAAAAUCAAGUAGACUGUCCCUUUAAAUGUAAAAAGUUACCAGUCCAGCGGGAAAAAGUUUCUAGUCCACUCAAUGUUAAUUAGGAAAAAAGGCAAAAGUUUCACUCUCCCACUUCAAUUCCCAGAGAUCUAUAUAUCACUCACUGUCUCUUUACAUUUUGCCAAGUUGCUUAAUGUUUUAAUUAUUUAAAAAACUGGAAAAGAUCAUAUGCGCCCACAAGUCCUAAUAUAAAGCAAAUUAUCCAAAAUAUGAUUUAUUUAUUUUUUAAUUGUGGUGUGGAUAAAAGUUUGUCUUGACAAGGGCUCAUGUAUUAAGCCAAAACUUAUUUUCCUUUAAUGGGUGGCGAGAGUUCACGAGAUCAUCAUAAGGCUAUUCAUUAUUUAGCCACCAGGAGGAGGCAAACCAACUCCACACAGUGCUAUGAUCUUCACGUUAUUUGAUAGUGGUUCUCUAAUCGAUCAAAUAUGCAUUUUCUUCUGCAAAGUACCUGUAAAAGGUGAAGAAAGCCAUCUCCAUGUUGGCAACUUGUACCACUGUUACACUAGAGGUUUGUACCUCUUUCAAAGACCCCAUGGAUAGGAAGCUUGAAAGCUUUCUUAGGCGGUCUUUUCAGCUGCCAGGCUACUUUUUUCGUCCAGCACUCAGUGUAGCCUGUGUGGUGUUUGCUGUCAAUUUGGUGUGAAAACCUGACUAGACUCUAGAGCCUGGUUUCUCAACAGCCGGGCCGUGGCCCAGUACCGGGCCGUGAUAGCCCUGCUGGUGGGCCCCGACCUGUCAUGCCCCCACUGCACACUCUUACCCCACUGCACACCAGGGGCAGACUGAGACCAAUCAAGGCCCCAGGAACACUGUCUCACACUGAACAAAAUGUAUUACAUUUUUUGCAAAUGAACAUGGUAGCCUCCUUGCCCUGCCCCCAACAGGCCCCUCAACCUCCAGAGCCAGGACCCACAACAUUAAGGUCCAGAGAAAGGGCACCCAACCUCCAGGGCCAUACCCCACACUCCAUGGCCCUCACAGCGACAGAUCCCCGCCAGGGCCCCCACUAAACCCACACUUUUUUUUGCUUAGUUACUGAUAGGGCAACUGAAAACUCCAGCUUAAGGAAUGCACCAGGAUCCGUGGAGAUGCCAUUUGUGGGCCCCCCUUUAUAUACAUACACACACACACACACACACACACUCUCUCUACCGGGCCCUAGACAUGUCUAGCUAAAAUUUACCGGGCCUUGAGGUCACUUUGGUUGAGAACCACUGCUCUAGAGAACACCCAGGACGUCAUCAGAAUAAUCAGGACUGCAAAAAGCUUUUUGUGACCCGGUCAUUAAAAUGGUUUGCCUGAUAGUGCUACUAUGACAGCUUUGGCUAGAUGUGUCUUGUGGCUUAAGUCCUGGUCUGCUGGCAUGGUAUCUAAGAGCAGACGUCUGUCUCUCCCUUUUUAGGGUAAGAGUCUAUUUGGUCCAGGCCUGGAUGCUAUUCUAUUCACAGUUCUUCCUCUGAUGCAGUAAGUUCUUUCAAAUCUGUUUGGUGUCACAGUACUUCCUGGUACAGACCAAAGCAGUCCAAAAAGUCUUUGCCUGCAUCCAAGUCAGCAUGAAAGUGCGUCCCCCACUUCGGAUUCCAUUCAUGUGGGAGACAGAUUGAGACUUUAUCUGGGAGUUUAGGCAAAACCCAUAUCAGAUCCCUGGUUACUGGUAAUAAUUUCCAAGGGAUCCAAAAUCAGUUUUCGAUCCUCGUCAACCCGCAAGAGAUUCCUUCUAUCUCGCAAGUGACACGACCCUAUCAAGACAAGAGCCUUACUGUCAUGAUUGGGCAGAUUUGGAGGGCAUGGAUGUCAUUGCUCCAGUUUCUCUAGGAGAUUAAGGAAAGGCUUUAUUUGCCAACCUGUCCCUAACAUUUCUGCCUAUUCUGGAUCUAAAAACUUUAAACAGGUUUUUACCUUCAAGAUAAAAAAUACACACUAUUCUUCCAUGGGUGCAGUAGGGGCAGUUUAUAUCUACCAUAGACUUGAAAGAUAUUUAUCUUCAAAUUCCAAUACAUCCAGAUCACAUAGAGUUUACAAAGCUAAUUGGGAGCCCUGCUGAUGGUAGUUCCAUUGCAAGGCAUUGCUGUAGCGCCAUACCGUCUCAACAUCCUUGUGUAUGUAAAUUCCUUACAGGAAGCUCUGAAUCACCCAGAGAUGGUGUUGCAUCUAAUACACACCAACUAUUGGUGCAUAAAUAUACCAAAGAGCUUACUGGUUUUUCAGUCUUGAAUGUUCUUUCUGGGAUUUAUCAUAGACUCUCUUUCCCUGAGAUUCUCUUACAGAAUAGUGCACACUCUAACUGCAAAUAACAUGUGCUUGGCUACAGCUAACACCUUUUCUUACUAUAACUCAGUGCAUGGAAGUGAUAGGGCUAAUGGUUGUCUCCUCAGGUGCAGUUUCAUUUGGCACCUAAGACCCCUUCAACAGUCACUGCUUCAUCAGUGGAACAAUAAUCACGAAGCGCUGUCUCAGCAAAUCUAGAUCAGGAAACCCAACAGCUCCUAUCGUGGGGGCAAAUUUACCAGUCCUUAGUCAGGGAGCCUCAUUUUAAAGGCUGCAGUUGACUGGGAUUAUGACAGGCCCCAAUCUCCUGGACUGGGUAACUGCUUAUGAGGCGCAGAGUGUGCAGAGAAUGUGGUCUCUUUAGAAGAUGAGGUUACCAAUCAUUCUACAACUCCAUGCAAUCAUCAAGGCUCUUCAGCGCUGGCCCAGUAUCACACAUCCAUUUUCAAUCAGACCAUGUUAUAAAAAGUAACUUACAUCAACCAUCACAGGGAAAUUAUAGUUCUUAAGGGAUGGAUAUGUGUACAACGUUCCCAGAUGGGUGAAGCACAAUAGGGCUCAAUUGUCAACCAUCCACAUUCAGAGUAUGGGAAGGUGGAUUUUGUGUUGCAAAUGCCUUAAUCCUGCAGAAUAGUCUCUACAUUAAUGGGUGUUCGACUAGAUAGUGGCUCACAGGGGUCUCCCAGAGAUAGAUUUUAUGGCUUUGUGGUUCAACCACAAGUUGCCCCACUGUUGUGCCAGAGAAUGGGAUCCCCAGGCAAACUAUUGAAUUCCUCAGUAGUUAUGAGGUCAUUCAUGCUAAUGCACUUAUUUCCUCUGUUUGUGAUGUUAUCUAGGGUGAUAGAAUCAAACAGGAGAGAACACCAGUAAUUCUGAUUGCUCUGACUUGACCUCGCAGAACUUGGUAUGCAGACCUAGUUCAGAUGACCUCUUGCCCAUCAUGACGCCUUCCUCUCAGACAGGACCUUUUGUCUCAGGGUCCUUUCUUUUGUCAGGAUUUGAAGACUCUGGUUUUGACAGUGGCCACUUUUUGGCCCUUUUGUAAUGAUGCCUCCCUUGAACACAUGUGCAAGGUGGCUACUUGGUCCAUGCAUACAUUUUCUCUUGAGGGACUUCACUGCUUGGGUAUAGGUGCCCACAUAUCAUGAUCUCAUGGACUCUCACCAUCCAUUGAAGAAAAACAAAAUUUAUGCUUACCUGAUAUAUUAAUUUCCUUUGGGAUGGUGAGAGUCCACAAGCCCUACCCUUAUGCAGCUGGUGGCAGAAAUUAUUGCACUUUUUUUGCCUGCUUUGUCCUUGAAUCUCUCUCUUUCUCUACUUUGCCAUAUGGAAAAAAAUGACUGACUGUGGUGUGGGAGAUAGAAGGGAAGCGCAAAGCUCUGGAGUGUGGCAUUGGUUUGUCUCCCCCUGUUGGUCAGGGAAGGAAUAGCCUACAUGUGAUAAUCUUGUGGACUCUUACCAUCCUGAAGAAACAUUAAUUUACUAGCUAAGCAUACAUUUUAGUUUUUAACACACAUUAAUAGAAUUUGUUUUAUUUUAAGAACUGUGGGUGCCUAAGAAUUUUUGGAAUACUCUAAAUCUAUUAUUAUAGGAUUCAUGGGAAAGAUAUUUGUGUGGGCCGGAGGUGGCAUAUGAUGCAUCCAUGUCCAGAUGGUGGCACCCAAUCAGGAGAUAUCUGGAUGGCUCCUGAUUCCCACACAAGAUGGGCACUUGCCCAACUUCUGACGUUCUAAUAACGGUGAAAAUGAGCCCUUUGACUUGAAAGGCUGCCAGAUAACGUGGGAUAAAAAAAGCUUGAGACUGAAUUGUGGCUUAGCGCAUCUCUAUGUACAUAUAUAAACAUCUACCCACAGAUAUGACCUUAAAGGGACAUGAAACCUAUUCUUUUUCUUCCUUUAUUCAGACAGAGCAUACAGUUAAAUAAAAAAAAGCCAGUUUACAAAUUUGCUUCCUUGUAAUGGUAUUCUUUGUUUAAAAGAUACCCAGGUAGGUAGCAUGCACAUGGCAGGAAAAAGCUCAUGCAUAACAUUCUUACAAAAUUUCUGCCAUACACUACUGCAGACAUGUGCACGCUCCUGAGCUUACCUCCCUGCCUUUCAACAAAGGAUACUAAGAGAACGAAGAAGAUUUGAACAAAAAAUUUGAUUGGAAAGUGGUUUAAAAUGACAUGUUUUAUAUGAAUCAUGAAAGAAAUAUUUUGGGUUUAGUGUCCCUUUAGUUAUUCAUAUACUUAAUUUAUUCUGAUUUCAUAUAUUUUUUUUAACUUGUGGCUUUUAAUAGAGAAAUUGUUUUAAUACUAAAGCCAAGGAUAAUGGAUUGAUAUUUAGGAAUGUAUGUGAGUGCAUUGUGCUUGUAUUUAUGUAGUGCACAUAGGUGUGUGUACAUUUGUGCGUAGGUGUCAUUUUUCUUAUGCUCACAGUGAAUUUUCUGUGCAUGUAUUUGUGUCUCUGAAUUCUCUAACUAAUCAUUGCAAUAUCUGUAGAGCAUAUAUGGUCAUGAACUGAGCAGUGUAUGAAUGGAUUAUGCUCUGAAUGCUGUAUGUGUAUGCAGAGUAAUAUACGUAUGGGGCAUAGACUGAGCAGUGUAUGUAUAUGCAGAGUAAUAUACGUAUGGGGCAUAGACUGAGCAGUGUAUGUAUAUGCAGAGUAAUAUACGUAUGGGGCAUAGACUGAGCAGUGUAUGUAUAUGCAGAGUAAUAUACGUAUGGAGCAAAGACUGAGCAGUGUAUGUAUAUGCAGAGCAAUGUACGUAUGGGGCAUACACUGAGCAGUAAAGGCAGAGCAAUGUACGUAUCGGGCAUACACUGAGCAGUGUAUGGAUUGACCAUGUGCUAAGCAGUGUAUUUAUUUGCAGAGGCUAGUGCUUGAUUGUGUGCCAAGCACUGUAUGUAUUUAUCUUUAUGUAUGCUGUACGGUGUAUGCAUUUAUAUUUAUGUAU